GUGAAUGUUGGACACAAAACACCAGAAAGUAAUCGGGGAGAAAGCGGGGUGAGGUUGUGUGAGCGUUGGGGAGAACUACCGCGACGCUGAUAGCAACUAUAGGCGCUCAUGUAACUCUGUCCUCGUCUUCUCUGUAGACCGAAGAGAACUCGACACAACGCACCCUCUUGUGCUUUGCAUGCGGUGAGCGAUCAAGCGCGAGGGCUCGGAAAAACAGCGGUGGAGACGGAAGUUUGGAAAUCCCGGGCGCCUCAGGAGUGAAUGGUGGAGCCCAGUCCCCCAGCGCUGCAUCUCCAUGCCAGCGGUGAUGUCAGCAUGGUGGGCGUCAGUGUGAAGUUGGAGGAGUCUGGAGGAGAAGGGGGAGGAGCCCACACCAGGGCAGAGCAGCUCUCCUCUCCUGCCUGUGAUUGGUCAGGACAUCAGCCAAUGGAACGACAGGAGUCUAGACAGCUGACUCCUCCCCUCUCCCGCUCACCCUCAGAGGGCUCUCCUGGUAAGGAACAGCUUCUCAGACAGAGUCCUGUUGGGAUGAAGGGGGGCAGCAGGGGGUACAACCACCGACCAGAGGGACACAUGCACCCCACUGUCAGCGAAGUCAUGCCCACCAUAGAGAAGCUUCUGAGUGUGGACUGGAGGGAGAAAUUUCUGGACAAAAGCCCCCUGGGAGGCAACCACCUGAAAGGCACUCCAGAGUCUCUGGCAGAGAAGGAGCUGCAGUUGUUAUUGAUGAUCAACCAGUUGGGUGGUCUGAGGGAGCAGCUGCUGGGAGCCCACUCUGAGCAGAGGAACAUGGCUGCCUUGCUGCUGGAGAAACAACAGCAGCAGAUGGAGCUGGCCAGACAGCAGCAGGAACAGAUUGCCAAACAGCAGCAGCAGUUGAUCCAGCAGCAGCACAAAAUCAACCUGCUUCAGCAACAGAUCCAGCAGGUUAACAUGCCCUACGUGAUGAUCCCAGCCUUCCACCCCAACACCCAGCAACUCCCUGUCACUGCCGACAACCAGAUGACCAUGCCUCUGCAGCCAAUCCCCUGCAAGCCAGUGGACUAUCCCAUGCAGCUGCUGCAGAACUCUCACUCCACCCCUGUAAAAAGGCCCAGUGGUACCUUCCGUCAGGAAGCCAGCCAGCCUCUGAAUCUGACCUCCAAGCCCAAGGGGAUGGACAUGGGGAAGAGCCCCAGCCCGCAGAUCUUUGAGCUGGGCUCGCUGACUCUUCAGGGUGGGUACAGACCCAGGGACAACCAUAGAGACAGCCCUUCACGUCCUGCACUUAACCUAGGUUUCCUGGGAGAGGGGGAUGUGGUGACCCAGGCCAUCCACGAUGCCCAGCAGCUGCUGUGGAGUCAUGGGCCGGGCGGAAGAGAGAGGGAGCGAGAGAGAGACUGCACUGCCAGGAUGGAGCAUAAGGAGUCUGGUCGCAGCGACAGGCUGCCACACCAAGACCGGGGAGAGAACAGACAAACCCGCCAAACCAACGAGGACCACCACAGCAGUGACUCUGAGGGCCCCCUGUCUGCUCCUGGUGUGGGGUUGUUUGCAGAGGUUCGCAGUCCCCCCUCCUCCGUCCACAUCAAGAGGCCCAUGAACGCCUUCAUGGUCUGGGCCAAAGACGAGAGGCGACGUAUACUACAGGCCUUCCCUGACAUGCACAACUCCUCCAUCAGCAAGAUACUGGGAACUAGAUGGAAGUCUAUGUCUAACCAGGAGAAGCAGCCCUACUAUGAGGAGCAGGCCAGGCUGAGCCGACAGCACCUGGAGCGUUACCCCGACUACAAAUACAAGCCCCGCCCCAAACGCACAUGCAUCGUGGAGGGGCGGAGACUUAGGGUGGGCGAGUACAAAGCCAUGAUGAAGAGCAGGAGACAGGAGCAGAGAGGAGCAUACACACACAGUCAAUCAGAGCCGCAGAAGCUGCACUACGCCCCAGGCGAGGGCCAAUACCCAGGCGGUGGUGGAACGGUCUCCAUGCCGACGGUGCCAUUCCACCCCGCGCUAUUGGAGCACUACCUGCCACGAGGGUUGGAGGCUCCGCCUCCUCGCAGACUUGACGGGCAGAUCACACCCACUCCCCUCCACAGAGAGAGGGAGAGACCACCGUACAGCGAGGGGGAGGAGAGUGACAGAGGAGAGAGGAGUGAGGGAGAGCUAGUUCUCCUCACUGACUGACUGAGUGGAAGGGAGAGAGAGAGGGAGAGUUUUUAAUAGGGAUAAAGGAGUAAGGGAGAGCUAGUUCUCCUCACUGACUGAGUGGAAGGGAGAGAGAGAGGGAGAGUUUUUAAUAGGGAUAAAGGAGUAAGGGAGAGCUAGUUCUCCUCACUGACUGACUGAGUGGAAGGGAGAGAGAGAGGGAGAGUUUUUAAUAGGGAUAAAGGAGUAAGGGAGAGCUAGUUCUCCUCACUGACUGACUGAGAGGAAGGGAGGGAGGGACAGAGAGAAAGGAGUGUGUGUGUAGACAACUGAAUGAAAAGGUGUGUGUGUGAUGAAGGGGAUCUUGGUCCACAUCAAGUGUGUCAGAGUUCAACGGUUAUAUCUUAGCCAUGUGAUAUGACCAUGUCAGCAGAGCCCAUGACAUGUUAGGGUUAGUAGGAGACAGUUGUUUGUUACGACGUUAAAGGUGUCUGACAGCUGAAUCUAAAAGCUCAUUGGUCAUGAAUCAUAGAUUGGUCUGUCCAUGUUGCUCGUAAUAAAGGUACAUUCACAAUGUGGAAUGAGUUGAGAUACACUGGAUUAGACUUGGGGUUCAUUACUGUCACCAACAGGCAUUGACAUAGAUGUUUCCCCUAAACACACAUCUAUUAUUUCUAGACCAUAUCCUUAAAAAUAUUAGGGCCAGGGUAUGAAACAUCUGAUCUCUCCCUAACGACACGGGGCGGCAGGGUAGCCUAGUGGUUAGAGCGUUGGACUAGUAACCGAAAGGUUGCAAGUUCGAAUCCCCGAGCCGACAAGGUACAAAUCUGUCGUUCUGCCCCUGAACAGGCAGUUAACUCACUGUUCCUAGGCUGUCAUUGAAAAUAAGAAUUUGUUCUUAACUGACUUGCCUAGUAAAAUAAAAGGUAAUGAUUUUGAUUCUGACGGAGAGUGCUGCCCUCUGCUGUUUGGGAUGGGCACAGCACCAUGAAAUAUCCCGAUCGCUAGAAAGUAUUUUUUUUUAUUACCAAUAUUUACAGAUGAUAGAGGUUGAAUAACCCCCAUUAAUAGCAUAGGUAAUGAGAUGCACUCUGUCAGAAUGCACUUUCACUGAACCCUCAUCUCCUUUCCAAACAGACUCAGGCUGCACCAAAGUAGUCUAAAGUAUAAACUUGUCUCCUUAUAUCCUCUCCUUCAUAUGCACUGACAACAAAACAGGACAAGGCAAUAUGGGGGAUUCCUUGUGCGAGAGUUUCUUUCACUUGUCAAGUUCUUUCACAUCAGUGCAGGUGGAGUAAAGGAAGCCACUUUAGACUAUCAGGAUGCACCCAGUGUUUCAGUUUUUGCACUUGCGAUAGUAGUUGAUCAGCAGUGACAUCUAGUGUAAUGAGGAGAAAUGUCUAAGGAAUCUCCCUCCAAGCCCUUAUUCUAGAUUGAUCUCAUCCUUCUCUGUUCUCUAGUUGUGUACAAGCUGUAUGUGAUGUGUGCAUAAUGUCUUUCAAUCAAUUUAUUUUGAACGCGGGUUUACAAUGUGCUUGUCACAGAAUGUUAUACAAAUGUUCUGUAAAAUGUGUGUUUCUUUGAGUGUGUGUGUGGGUAUUGAACGCAAAGGUUGGCCUGAACCCUUUGUCUGUAUAUUCUGACACCCUGGCCUCUUGUCUUGACCACAGCUGUUGCUCUGUCCAUGUACUGCAGUUUGCCUUGACACAACAGUGCUCCAUCUCAAUAGUCUUAAUGUCGCUUCGUCUCCAUCUGCACUGACCUGAAAGAACUGGACAGGUGAAAUGAAGGUUUUCAACCCAUGUUAUCAGAUCAGUGCAGAUGGAGGAGAAAAACAGAAUAGGAAUCCAUUUGACUGUUGGGAUACAGCCUUCAUCACAAUGUACUGGACAGAAGAGAGGUCAGAUUUGUGGUGUAAUCAUAUUGUUAACUGAGGCAGGCCUGUGGUUAGUUGCUGUUACACUGUUGUAAAGCAUUUGGUGAGCAGGAUGAAGUGGGCACUGAUCUAUGGUCAGUUGUACAUCUUUGCCUAUAAUGUUAAGGACAACUUCAACCCAGAGCCAAGGGGAUGGCACUGUAUAGAGACUGUAUCAGAGAAACAUGUUUAUCUAAUUAUGACAGAAACCCAGAAGAGAACUGUCACCUGUUGUCACCCCUGCUGUUGUAAAUAUAGAUAGAUUUUAUUUUGUUUAUAAGAGCCUGUGUAAUUUAAAGGUGUACCUUUUCUGUGUUUUUUAAGUUGUGGUUUUGUUUUUUGGAAAAUAAUAAAUUUGGUUGUUAUCUU